AUGUCAUCACACCGAGUUUAUUCGUCCUCUGCGCCCAAGUAUGAAACCCGGAGGCCUGGGCGUACCUAUGCUUCACCUACACCAGAGUCAUAUCAUGGCCGGCAGUUUGUGAAUGCCGGGACCCAGGAACAGUAUUGGAAUUCCCGGGGCUCGACAGAAGUUUGGGAUCCGUCUAAACCAUUGAGCUCUGUGGCUGCUCGACCAGACACUUAUGGCCUAGCCCAUUCCUAUCACGAGACGACAGUGGAACACAAAUACAGCGAUCCUUACAAGAAACGUCCAAAUCCUUACACAGCCCGCACAAAAGCUGACUAUGACGCCUACAAACGCCCCUCAGAGGGACAUAGUGGCAUAGCAGAGGAAGUACGUCGUUACAAAGAUACCCCAGUAGGGAGAAAGACCUCCCCCCACGAACAUCAUCGUGACAACCUUAUAAGAGGGAAAAACCUCGCAAAGGAGGGCCGUGACAUGGCAAACAUAGCCGCGCAAUCUCGCUCGGGCUUUGACCACAAGUACCCGCAGGCUUAUGAGAGUCGUGAUGCAAUUAGAAGACACGUUACUCAAGCAAAUAGCCAGAAAAGAUCUGCUGCAAAUUUCAGAGACGAUGGUGCUUAUCUAGAUCAGAAACUAGACACCUGGGGAAGACAAAUGGAUCGUCGAGGCAGACGUUAA